AUGACACUUGCUAAACUAAUUCGUACAGUGACCGGUUCCAUCAAACAGUUCCCAAAUCCUGCAUCCAACUAUAAUCACCGCCUAGCUGCUUUUACACCUAGAAGGAUAUUCGCAUCCGCUGCAACCAUGGCAAACUGUGUACGCGAAAUCGAAGGUGACCUUUUCAGCGCUCCCAAGGACCAUUCGCUGGCACAUUGCGUGGCCGCAGAUCUAAAGAUGGGCGCGGGCAUUGCGGUCCGGUUCAAGCAAUUGUACGGCAAGCUGGACGAGCUAAAGGCACAAAACGUUGGUGUCGGUGGAGUUGCCACGUUGGCCGAUGGUCCACAGCGAUACGUCUACUAUCUCAUUACGAAGAAAACGUAUAAUUUGAAACCUACGUACGAUGAUCUGACCAAAUCAUUACAGGCCAUGAGAGAGCAUAUGGCGAACAAUGGCGUGGAAAAGUUGGCCAUUCCACGCAUCGGCUGCGGUAUUGAUGGACUCGAGUGGAACAAGGUGAAAGAAAUCCUGAACCGCGUAUUUGGCGAUACCGGUUCAUACGAAAUCGUUGUCUAUAACUUUGUCCCGAAGUGA